AUGGCGACUCAGUAUCCACCGCCUUCAAAGCGCCAGAAGCGCGCGCAAGCCGAAUUUGCGCGCGAGCAACAAGACAUCGACACUACUAUACCUGAUGGCACUGUACGGGUGCGCUUCGUCGACCAAGCCACUGGCGAAAGUGGGAGUAUCCCAGUACUCACUGUACCGUUAUCGCAAGCAUCCACCAAGAACCUCGAACUUUUGCUCAACAACCUCAAAGACCAAGCCGACGAUCAGAUACCGUACCGCUUCUUCCCAGACGGCGCAACCGAAGCGCUUGCCGACAAGGACGACCUAUACAAUGCCUUGGUCAAGCCUGGCAAAGCGUCAGCAGAAAACGAGAUCGUGCUCCAGUAUGCGCCGCAGGCAGUCUUCCGCGUCAAGGCAGUCUCGCGUUGCUCAGCCGCGGUUUCGGGUCACGGAGACAACAUUCUGUCAGUAAACUUUUCGCCAGUCAGCUCCAGCAGGAUGGCAAGUGGUAGCGGAGACAAGACAGUGAGGAUAUGGGACUGCGACACAGGAACACCAGUGCAUACUAUGAAGGGGCACUCAAGAUGGGUCCUUGCAGUCAGCUACUCACCUGAUGGCUCUCUACUUGCUUCCGGUGGCUACGACAACGAAGUGCGGAUAUGGGACCCGAGCACUGGGAAACAGAUUGGGAGUGCUCUCAAAGGUCACACCAGUUUCAUCACGUCACUCUCUUGGGAGCCCUACCAUCUGCAAGAGCCUGGCCGGCCUCGAGUUGCGUCGUCAUCAAAGGACGGUACAGUAAGAGUCUGGGAUGCGGUUGGCGGCAGAAUCGACUACGCCUUGUCCGGUCACAAGAGCAAUGUGACGUGCGUGAAGUGGGGUGGUACUGGACGGAUAUAUACCGCCUCUCAUGACAAGUCCAUAAAGGUCUGGGACGCGGCGACAGGUACACUCGUGAACACGCUAUCUGGCCAUGCGCAUUGGGUCAACCAUCUCGCACUUUCUACCGACUUUGUCCUGCGCACCUCGUAUCACGACCACACGCGGAAGGUACCGUCUAGCCCGGAGGAGAAGCUCGCAAAAGCCAAAGCGCGCUUUGAGAAGGCCGCUACCAUCAACGGCGAAGUAGUAGAACGCUUAGCGACUGCUUCGGAAGAUUGCACCAUCAUCCUAUGGACGCCUUUGACCAGUACGAAGCCAGUCACCAGAAUGACAGGCCAUCAAAAGCAGAUCAACCAGGUCACUUUCUCCCCAGACGGUGCCCUCCUGGCGUCUGCAGCAUGGGACAACCACGUCAAACUGUGGUCGGCACGAGAUGGAAAGUUCCUCAACACAUUGAGAGCGCACGUUGGGCCGGUAUACAUGACCUGCUUCUCCGCCGAUAGCCGACUGUUGGCGAGUUGCAGCAAAGACACGACUCUGAAGGUGUGGGACAUGAGGACUGGUAAACUAAAGGAGGACCUGCCAGGGCACAAGGACCAGGUAUUUGCGCUGGAUUGGAGUCCGGAUGGUGAAAGGGUAGGAAGUGGUGGCGCCGACAAGCAAGUGCGAAUAUGGAGCAAUUGA